GGGAGCGAUCAAAUAGAUGUGGGAUAAGAUUAAACAGAGGGAGAACUGUAGCGAGUGGAUCGAAAAAUAAAGGAGGGAUAGAAAUAGAGGAAAGUUGUCGCGGAACCAAGUAGGAGAAGGACGAGAAGAUAGAAGGAAAGGGAUCAAAGAGAGGAGAAGGAAACGUAGGAGGGCGUAUAAAAUCAAACGGAGGCCCUCUCGGCCCGGCGAGGCGAUUAGAGAAAUAGCAGCGGAUGUAACGGGGGCGAUGAGCAGAUAAGAGAUGAAGAAACUCGCGACGGACCUCGGAAUUAGCAUUCUGCUGCUUUUGUCCUCGAUCUUUCUGGGCUGGCGUGCCGUGGCGAUUUCGGAACUGCCGACCGCACUCGCCGGCGCUGAGAGGAACGUCGGCGGCAAGCCGCCGAUGCACAAGGUCCAGUUGACGCAAAAGGGCUACAUUCAGUUUCUCAGAUGGGAAUUGCCGGUGCCAGCGAUCCACGAGUUUACAUUCUGCCUGUGGGUGAAGUCGAAUGAUCUCAAGCAUCCGCACUCCAUCCUUUCGUACUCGAGGAACGAGCAGGAACGUUUGAUUCGAUCUUGGAUAUCGUCGGGCGGAAGGAGCGUUCACCUGGAAAUCAACGGCGCGGAGAUAUUCGGGUGGCCGGUUGGCAUACGAGAGCACCGUUGGUACCACAUAUGUCAAAGCUGGGAGAAUCGGGUCGGUCGUUACGCCCUGUGGCUCGACGGGCGUUUGGAGUUGCAAGGUCACUCCGAGCAGAUGAUAGAUCACGUGGUGCCGGCAGCCGGCGACAUUGUCCUGGGUCAAGAGUACACGGACUUCGAUAAAGGGCUGGAGGAGGGCAUCGAGGGCUCGGUUUUCGGCUUCAAUCUUCUGCUAGCCUCGGCGUUCGAUUACCUCGAUGGCGGCUAUCAAAGGCUCUCAUUCCCGCCGGCCAUCGCGGCCGCUACCAAUCUGGCCGAGCGCAAUAUCUACGCCGCGAGGAUCCCGACGAAAAUAGCAGCGGACGCGCGAUCGGAUCGCGGCUCUGCGCUCGACAGGCUCGUUUCCAGCCGAUUCGCGCUCAACCCUAAUUGGUCCCGCAGAAUUUUCCAGACCGACCACCCGGAGGUGACGCCGGACAACGGUCCUGCAAUCUCGUCGCCGUCGCCGUCGCCGUCGCCGUCGCCAGCGCUGCAUCUGCCGAACGCCACCGACGACACGUGGAGAGAAAGAACUUGGCCGGUGCGGCGAAACGCGAUCGGGAAGAGCCGCGAGUACGAAAUCUCGCCGGACGCUCCCCUGGGUCUGCAAUUGGUGAAACUGUCUUAUGCGCAUUGCCGAGUGGGCAGAGGCAGCCCUUCCUUGGGCGGCUCGCUCAUGCUGAUUUCCUGGAGCAGGACGCCCGUGAAGGUAUUCGGCGGGGCUACCAUCAAGAACGCCGGCGACGAGUGCGGUCGUUUCUGAGGGUAACCCUCGACGACCCUUCGUCCGCGGCCGAGGAAACUGCAGGAUCAAAGUCCGCGCCCCAUCCGAGUCCCCUCUCGCCUCUCGGGUUUUUCACUCUGCAGGACACCGAGCCCACCCUCGACGCCGUUUCCCCUUGGGGGAUUCCUCGAUAGCGUUUAAAUAAGCGUUUCGUUUAAAUCGCUCUCCCGUGCGUCCUAUACGAAAUUAUAUUCUCUUGUAAUAUUUUGUAUCGCCGGAUUAGUGCCAUGUCGGGGCCGGUAACGGUCGGUGACGAGCGACGUAGGAGGAUUCGAUGAAUUCUCCAUUCGGAUCGGGCGAAUUUUUACCGGAGUACCGAAUUCUCAGCGAUUUCGCACAACGCGCAACAGAGCGAAGCGUAAUGAAUACGUAUGAUGCCAUAAUGCAGUGGUAAUGUGCCUGUUUGUGUACAUGAAACAUUAAACGCGCUUCAUUAAACUAGAAAUCAAACAAAUUCGCCUGGCGGGUAAUUGCCUAUUCCCCCGCGCGGUGCUGACGUUUCCUUUCGACGCUGAUGUUGCAGCUCGGAGUCUCUCUCUCUCUCUCUCUCUCUCUCUCUCCGGACCUCACCAAAAAGUUCACAUAAUUUCCAGCUAACGUUACGUACUUGACGCGUUCGUCGUCACCGUCGUCACGGUCGGAUUGAAAAGAAAGAAGCCUUCGGUAGGAGCCACGGCUGUGUUCCAAUUAUUCCAGCGCGGCGUACAUAUUUUUUUAAUCAUACAAAUACAAAGGAAACGCUAAAGAGUAGUUAAUUGACACGUGUCACGUGUCACACGUGGAAACUCGAGCACGCGCGCGAACGCGUCAAGUCGGAGAGGUGACCGCGCGAGGUCGAUUCGCGAUUUGCAAACGCGUUUAUAAACGCGUAAACACCUCUCCCCAUAAUUAUCCCGUCGUUUUCCCGACAAAUACGAAAGAAAC